AUGGCUGAGUUUCGCGUUCUCGAGGGGCUACAGGCCCUCCACUCGGAGCUGGUUGCUGUUCGCCAACACCGUUUUGACAACAUCUCAGUCCUAGAGAACCUGAUCGAGCUGCAUUCCGACAAUUUGAAGGCGCUGGUUGACAAGACACCACGAAACUCUACCCAUAGAAACGACAUCACCAACAAAAAGGUAAUCAAGACCAAGGACGGCGAAUUCAAGGUCAACGAUGACUUCAUCUUCGAGACUCUCAAGGUCGCCGACGAGUUGGAUCUGGAUGAGUACGAGGCUGGAAGGAUUAUUCUGGAUUGCCAGGACGAGGACGACUCGGAAAUACAGUCACGCCCGCUAUGGGAAUGCGGUCUCAUCCGCUUCCACCAAGAGCGAAAAUACCUACUCGACUGCAUGCGGCUCUGCAUCGAAUUAGCAAACGACGAGGAAAUGGACGACAAUUUGAAGGAUGCCUUUGGGAAAAUUCUGGAGGAAAAGAUCUUCGUCAAGGGCUCAAGCAAAAAGAUUGUCGCGAGAUGUAUGGAGGCUAUGCAAACCAUCAAGGCUAUGUUGCAGAGCAUCAACGAGAGGGUGGCGUCCCGGUACAUGCUAGAACAAGCCAGUCUCGCCCGGCCCCCAGAGGCUGCCGACACGAUUGAGUUCUCCCGCAUGAGCCUCGUGGAGCAGCAUGAGUGUCUUGCCAUGAUACUGCACGCUGCCGUGGAAAAGCAGUACGCCGAUAUCAACGACUUCAAGCAGUUUUUGGGGACGCUAAAGAAGAUCGAUAAGUACGAUCAAUUUCUCGUUCAUCUAUUCCCUGUUUUGGCCGCCUACAUCAACGUGUUUGGCUCACCAGAUGGCAUGUGUGACUUCCAGCAGUCUCGCCAGUUGGACCAAGAGAUCUUGAAAACUGGAGAUGGUGACAGCUGGGCUAUUUCGUAUCUGGGAGCGGCCACGCGGGUCUGGUGGAUUGCCGAGUACACUGGAUACUUCCAAGUCGAUAACGAAUUCGAUCUUGGUGGGUUGGAUCUGGACGUCGAGUUUGACAAGAGAACAAAGGCAUUUACAGAGGCCCUCAAGGAGGGGGCAUUCGACUUUAUCCUUUCUGUGGCGGCCGAUUGCAAGACGGAGGAGUGGCAAGAUCCAUCACGCAUGGGAAUGCGGCAGUGGUUGCAACGGAAGUCACCUCCUCUCCAAGGUGAUUUCUACUACUUCAGCCAUUUCCUCCAGCUCAGCCUGAUGGCCCACCUGGAGGUGUUUAUCGACUCUGUCAUCACAAACCUACCCGAGCUCGUCAGGACAUUAAAAACAGAGGAGGAUGAGCAGCGCCAGCUGAGCCAAACCCACGAGCAAGACCUCGACCUCGAGCGGUUCGUGGUCAUCAUCUCGUAUGCGUACGAGGACAGGCCAGAUGCCGCCAUGACCUUCUUCGAGGACCCAGAUAGUGCUCUGUAUGGUUUCCUACAAUGGGCGUCCACAAAAGCAUCAACGCCCCUGGUUAGUGCGUUUUGCGAGAUGCUACAGGCUCUGGCCUGCAACGAGGAGACUGCAACGGCUGCUCAUACAUUUUUGCUCGACGAGGGGCACCAGUCUUCUGGCAAAAUGAGGCGAUCCCAAUCGCUGACCUGGAACCAAAUCUUUAGGGAAUUAGAGUUCUUUGCCAAGAAACUGAGCGAGAGGCCCAACCCAGCGCAAAUGCAGAUCCAGCGUCCAGGCAAACCGGGCACCGAUCAGGGAGAGGCCGAGCCUGAAUCGGCCAUGAUGCUGGAGUGCUAUGUUCGGUUGAUUGGCAAGCUCACAGCGGAGAGCAGCACCUGCAGAACCAGGUUGGCAACGACACAGGAACUCACGUUUCCCGAGAUUCUGUUCAGGUUGGCAAAUGCGAACGUCACUCCCCGGCUUCGCGCCGCUGUCUUUUACAGCUUAAGAUCACUGUUGGUGAUGAAGUCGGUUUCCGAAAGUAACAUAAUAUGGACUCUUGUGGACAACUUCACUAUGGGAGCUCUGGACCCCAACAACCCGGCGACUGCUCAACAACAGCGAAGUCCUACAUAUCAGUCGACGUACGAAGAACUGCAGGAACGCGCUUUCAACGAUUUAUCCACUGGCUUUGAAGAGCCAAACGCAUUCAUCCAGCUUCUUACGUCGUUGGUCACGCCCUACACAGUCUCCGAUGGGCUCAACGACACCUUGCCGUUCCCCGAGUUUCUCGGUGUGAACAAGCGAAGACCCGGGAUAGAGAUCUAUGUUGACUUUGUGUUCUUGAUGUUCACCAUGAAGCCGAGGGAAAUAGUAGACCAAGGCCAACUGAGAAUGCUGCGUCUCUCCUGCCUAGAAUUCAUUCUGGCAUGCUUGCAAACCUUCAACGAAGACCUGAUCGUCCUGGGCAACGAGACAAACAUCGAGAUUGACAAGGCUGUGAAAACGACCAGUCUCGCGGUUUAUGUUCGCCUUCAUCCUUUUGCUCGCGUUAUGGAAUGGAUGUAUAGCGAAAAGGCCAUCACUGCCCUGAUGGAUACCAUUCAUCAGGACCAGUAUGCCCUCAGCCGGGCUUCACCUCACUCGCCCUUGAUCCAGAGUAUCUUACGUGGGAUCCAGGUGCUGAUCAAGGUUCUCGACCUUCAGGCGACCUUUAUUCACUUGGUGCGGCCUGUGAUUCAAUCCGAGGCCGGGAAGCGGAGGCCGCUUACUCUGGCCAAGAGCACGUAUACGUCCAUUGAGGAUGGAAUUCUCAACCAUCUGACACUGCUGGUUGAUCUGGGCAAGUAUUGCAACCUCGGGGUCAGCGAACUCACUCUUUCCUGUCUCAAGCUGCUAGAGAAGGUUUCAACUUCCAGCAAGCUUAUUUCGGCAUGGAAUCCCGACACCCAUCGCCCAGGACACCGGAACAAGGCCAUUGUCCAGCUUGAGAAGGAUGGCGAGGGCGAGGUCAUCGGAACAUCACUUGCUGCUAGCAUCAACGCGGUGAUCGAUCCGGCGCUCGAGACAGAGUCGGAAGAAUACCUGAUCAAACUCUUCAUUCUCGACUUUUUAUACGAGACCCUCAGGGCAUCACCCGACCAGCCCACGAUUGCGCAUUUGCUUCUCGGUUUCAACUGCGAGCUGCGGGGGUUGAGCGUUGCGCCCAACGGGGUGUUUGACAACCAGAGAUCCCUCUUCCACAGCCUGUUGGGUGUGGUCAUCGAACUGGUGGUGAAUGAGGGUGAUCGAGGAAUGCGCGGAUACUUGAUUACGCUCAAGUACAAGAUUCUCCGCAUCUUCCAGCUGCUGUGGAAGUCGCCGCUUUCGUCGACUUUGGUGAUGGAAGAGUUGAGGUCAACCAACUUUCUGUUCCACAUGCUUCUGAGAGAGUCACAAAUCGUGCCGGGGCUGCCGUGGAACGAUAUGACGCUGGAUGACAAUUCGUUCCUCCUGUCGACGGCGUCGGUUGCGUAUAUCGACUACCUCGGUUCGAGGGCCAUUGUCUUUGAGUAUAUUGCCAAGGAGCUGUGCAGCGUUUCGCAGAACAGGAUACCGUCGAUCAAGCGUCAGAUUUUUGAUGCUCUCAAUGGGCAGAUCACGCUGGAGAACCAGGAGACGUUGGCGGCGCACAAUAUUUUUGACUUUUUUGAUUUCAUGAAUGUUGAUAUCUCGUGGGAGGUUGCGCCGCCGCAGUUUCAUUUCUACCAUGAGCUCGACCUGAGCCCGUGUGUGAUCGACGCUGGGGGGGCGGGGAUACAGUACAAUCUCUCCAGAGUGAAGGAGUGCAUUCAGCUCAAGCCGGAGGAGCAGGUGCUGCUGGAGUAUCUCCUGUUCAACAACCGCCGGGUUUUGGUUCGGGCUGUCAGGCUUGAGCUGCUGAAGAAGUGGUCGGAUCUGUUGCUGGUCAUGUUCGAGGCCAAUGAGUUCAGGGGCACGGUCAAGACGACGUUCUUGCUGCAGGCGCUGCAGGCUAUUCUGCCGACGUUGGAGUCGUUGAACACGGACAAUCCUCCCGAGGCGUUUGAGCUGGCAAAGGUGGCCAAGAUCCUUCUUUACAAGCUUGACUUUUCGGAUAAUACCGGCGGUGCGCCUGGGUUGGAGACGGAUAAGAUUGCCAUGGGGAAUCUGGUCAGCGAGAAGCUGUUUCAGCUUUUCCAGGUAUGUCUGGCGUCUAUUGUCAAAUGGAACCAGUUUGCCGAGCUGCGCGGGUUAUACUACAGUAUCUGUUACCGCUACCUUACUGGGGUGGUGGACAACGACGGCGGCGACACGCGCAGCUCGAGCCUCCUCACGGCGAGGAUCAGAACCCACAAGGCCAUCCAGAACCACGGGGAGAAGCUCCUUCACGUCAUCUGCGAUGAUGCUUAUGGGUCUGACACGCUCUGCCAGACCGCUGCCAUGGUCCUUUUAUCAGCUCUAGUCCACAUAUCCCGCUCCUCGCCGCACACCAACCCAACAUCCAUUUCCGUCAUUGAGUCCCUCAACAGGCUCAACUUCAUCGGCGUCUUGGUCGACUCGCUGAAAACAAUCCUGCGAGAAUGGCUCGCGAUUAUCAACCCCCCUUCUCCUCUCCCCGCCUCAACAGCAGAAGCGACGGAGCAGUACCUCACCGCCAAACUCUGCUUCCUCCUCCAGCUCGCCCAGACAAAAACAGGGGCGAUGUACAUCCUCCAAGCCAACCUCUUCCGCGCGUUGGAAAUCUCGGGGGUGUUUGCCGCCGACCCAGAGCUGGAGAUCAACCCGUCCAACACUGUCGCGUUGGAAAAACACUACUUUUUGCUUGUGUCGCUGGCUAGGAUUAUUACUGCUAGUGUGCUGUCGAGGGGGCAGGGGAAUAUUGUCCAGGCGAGGGGGUUUUUGCAGAGGCACAGGAUGUUGGUUGUGCACACGCUCAAGAGGGCGGCGGGGAUUGGGAUUGUGGGGAAUGGGAUGUGGGGAGGAGGGGAGGAACAACAGCAGGAGAGGUCAAUUAGUGAUGGGUUCUCUUUUGGGCCGACCGUGAGCCCCGUUGAUUCCAUACUGGGCGGUGGGAAGAAGGGGCCCCUUAAUAACAACAACAACAACAACAACAACAACAAUAACAACAAGGAGGCGCAGAGGAGGUUGGAGGAGAGGAUUGGGGAGUUGGGGGAGAGCUUGAUGGUUUUGAUUGGGGGGGUGGGGGUUUUGGAGUACGAGCUGGAUCAGCUGCCGGCUGAGAGGGCUAGUGUUGUGAAUACGACACUGUUCCAUUGA